AUGGAUCUGGAAACUGGGAUUGAUCGAAACCAAGUAAAGAAGGAAUCAUGGAGGACAAUUCUGACUCUGGCUUAUCAGAGCCUUGGCGUUGUUUAUGGGGAUUUGAGCAUUUCACCUCUGUAUGUGUACAAGAGCACAUUUGCUGAAGAUAUAGAACACUCUGAGACCAAUGAAGAAAUCUUUGGAGUGUUGUCGUUUGUGUUCUGGACUCUCACACUUGUGCCUCUUCUCAAAUAUGUGUUUAUUGUGCUCAGAGCUGAUGAUAAUGGUGAAGGAGGGACAUUUGCUUUGUAUUCUUUGCUGUGUAGACAUGCCAGAGUGAGCUCACUACCCAAUUCCCAAUCGGCUGAUGAGGAGCUUACAGAUUACAAGAAGGAAAGAGAUACAAGGUCCUUGAAGCCCAACUCCGGUUUCGGGUCAGGCUUGAAGUCAACUUUGGAGAAGCAUAGGGUGUUGCAGAGGUGUUUGCUUGUACUUGCUUUGAUUGGCACUUGUAUGGUGAUUGGUGAUGGUGUUCUCACACCAGCUAUUUCUGUGUUUUCUGCUGUUUCUGGGCUUGAGUUUUCUAUGUCCGAAAAACAUCACAAAUAUGUAGAACUUCCAAUUGCCUGCAUAGUUCUGAUAGGCCUCUUUGCGCUUCAACAUUAUGGCACUCAUAGAGUUGGGUUCUUGUUUGCUCCUAUAGUUCUGGCAUGGCUUCUGUGCAUCAGUGUGAUUGGUCUUUACAAUAUACUUCACUUCAAUCCGACUGUGUACAAGGCACUUUCUCCAUAUUAUAUGUACAAAUUUCUGAAGAAAACACAGAAAGGAGGUUGGAUGUCCCUGGGUGGGAUUUUGUUGUGUAUAACAGGUUCAGAAGCCAUGUUUGCUGAUCUUGGACACUUUUCACAACUGUCAAUCCAGAUUGCUUUCACCUCUUUGGUUUAUCCAGCUUUGGUUCUAGCAUACAUGGGACAAGCUGCUUACAUAUCUACACACUACACUAAGGGAGGAAACUCCGACAUUGGAUUUUACAUAUCUGUACCAGAGAAAGUGAGAUGGCCUGUUCUGGUUAUAGCUGUGCUUGCAGCAGUAGUAGGAAGCCAGGCCAUUAUAACUGGGACUUUCUCAAUCAUCAAGCAAUGUUCGGCCCUGGAUUGCUUCCCAAGAGUCAAAAUAGUCCAUACAUCAUCCAAAAUCCAUGGCCAAAUAUAUAUCCCAGAAAUCAAUUGGAUCUUGAUGUUGUUAUGUCUGGCUGUUACUAUCGGUUUCAGAGACACAAAGCGCAUGGGUAAUGCAUCAGGUUUUGCAGUCAUCUCUGUGAUGCUGGUCACAACCUGCUUAAUGUCCCUCGUUAUUGUCCUGUGCUGGCACCGGAGCAUCUUCUUUGCAAUCUGCUUUGUGUUCUUUUUCGGCACAAUAGAAGCUCUUUACUUCUCAGCUUCUCUUGUCAAGUUCCACCAAGGAGCAUGGGUUCCUGUUGCUCUUGCUCUGUGUUUUUUCUUUGUCAUGUAUGUUUGGCACUAUGGCACAGUUAGAAAGUAUGAGUUUGAGGUUCAGAACAAGGUCUCCAUUAACUGGCUUCUCAGCCUUGGUCCCAGCCUUGGGAUUGUCCGAGUUCGUGGGAUUGGCCUCGUACACACCGAACUUGUAUCUGGAAUUCCAGCAAUCUUCUCCCACUUUGUUACCAACCUUCCGGCUUUUCACCAAGUUCUAGUUUUCCUCUGCAUCAAGUCUGUCCCAGUCCCACAUGUUAGACCUGAGGAACGGUUUCUAGUGGGGCAAAUUGGUCCAAGAGAGUAUCGACUAUACAGGUGUAUUGUACGAUAUGGAUAUCGUGAUGUACACAAAGAUGAUAUGGAAUUUGAAAAUGAUCUCGUCUGUAGUAUAGCAGAGUUCCUACGGUCAGGAAGCAGUCCUGAUUGCAAUAUUUUGAGUGAAGAUUCUGGGAAAGAAGAUGACAAAAUGACGGUUGUUGGAACACGUUCAACUCAUGCAGACGGGAUUCAGCUGAGUGAGGACAGUGUAGAAAUGACUGCAGAAAUUACUACACUGGGGCAAAAAGAAAUAAGAUCACCGUCACCACCGGUGAGACAGAGAGAAAUAAGGUCACCGCCAAUGCCCCAACGGAGGAAGAAGGUAAGGUUCAUCGUUCCGGAGAGCCCAAAGAUCCAGACAGGUGCAAGGGAGGAACUGCAAGAGCUAAUGGAAGCUAGGGAAGCUGGAAUAGCUUACAUAGUAGGGAACACGUACAUGAAUGCAAAGCAAGGAUCAAGUUGGAUGAAGAGGUUUGCCAUUAACUACGGAUAUGAGUUUUUGAGGAGGAAUAGCAGAACAGCUAGCUAUGCACUAAAUAUUCCUCACGCGUCUACAUUGGAGGUGGGGAUGAUCUACCAUGUUUGAUUUUUGUCAUACAAAUUCUUAUAAUGUGAAUUAGAUUUUGUAACAUUGCGCAAUAGUUGAAGGCCACAGAUUAAUAUGGUGGCUGAAAAAAUAUAUCCAGGAAUUUGGCAGGGUUCAUCA